AUGGGUAGAGAGGAAGUGAAAACCUUAAAUGAGAAUGAGAUAUGCAGGGCUGCAAGUGGUCAUUGGAGGCCAGCUGAGGAUGCCAAGCUGAAGCAGUUGGUCUACCAAUAUGGACCACAAAAUUGGAACCUCAUAGCUGAGGAGCUGCCAGGUAGAUCAGGAAAGAGUUGCAGGCUAAGAUGGUUCAACCAACUGGACCCAAGGAUCAACAGAAGGGCGUUCAGUGAGGAAGAAGAGGAGAAACUUCUUGCAGCCCACAGGGUGUAUGGCAACAAAUGGGCACUGAUUGCCAAGCUCUUCCCUGGAAGAACAGACAAUGCAGUCAAGAAUCACUGGCACGUCAUCAGGGACAGGAAGAAAAGGGAUAACUCCUCCCAUGGCUGCUACAGGAGGAGGAAGCUCCUCAUCUUCAAGACCCAAGCCAUCACCAAGAAGAAAAAGGAGGUGGUGAUUGCCAACAGCUGCAACUACAAUUCAUGCAGUGGUGAGCCCACCAUCACCGCUGGUUCCUUCCACUUCAGAUGCAGCUCUCAUCAUACACAUCUCCAUGCUCUCCGAAAUGGAUAUGGGAAAAGGGUGUUGGGUGCAGCGAAUCAAUGCAACCAGGAGAGUGCAGACUGUAACAGUGCACGAUUGCAUGGUGAAGCGCGUUGCGCAACGGAUAAGAUGAACUUACCCUUCAUUGAUUUUCUUGGCGUCGGUGCAACAUAG